GAGGAACUCCAACAGCAGAAAGUCAACCAGGAAACCGAGGCUGCUAAACUGACCCACCGCCCCGGUGCGACGGGUAAACGGCGGCACUGACGAUAACAAUCGCACAGUCUAACAGUACAGGAUUUGUUUUUGAUAUUUAAGUUGACACAAAGCAGCGACAUGGCCUCCCUUUUCAAGAAGAAGACUGUCGACGACAUAAUCAAGGAACAAUCUAGGGAGCUGCGUUCCACACAGAGAGGGAUCGCAAGGGACAGAAAUGCACUGGAGAAACAAGAGAAACAAUUGGAGGCUGAAAUCAAGAAAAUGGCUAAGAGUGGAAACAAGGAGGCGUGUAAGAUUCUUGCCAAGCAGUUGCUCCAUGUGAGGAAGCAGAGAGAUCGCACAUAUGCAGUCAGCUCCAAGGUCACGUCCAUGGCUACGCAGACGAGGGUCAUGAACUCACAAAUGAAGAUGGCGGGCGCCAUGUCCUCUACAGCCAAGACAAUGCAAGCAGUGAAUAAAAAGAUGGAUCCACAGAAGACCCUGAAGACCAUGCAGGACUUCCAGAAGGAGAACAUGAAGAUGGACAUGACUGAGGACAUGAUCAACGACACUUUAGAUGAGAUCUUCGACGGGUCUGGGGAUGAAGAGGAAUCUCAGGACAUUGUCAACCAGGUUCUUGAUGAGAUUGGCAUUGAGAUCUCCGGAAAGAUGGGGAGAGCUCCAGCUGCAGGAAAGAGCCUCCCUGGCGCUGCCUCCUCCAAGCAGGCGACCAUCACCGACGACGAGAUCGAGAAACAGCUCCGAGCUCUGGGAGUGGACUAAUUGUCUUCUCUGUAUUAAUGUUCACAUUAUACACCUGUGCAACAUUAAUACUAAUUGAUACAGACUCUUAGACACAUUGGAUUUGUCAUUGUUGAAAUACUACAGGUGUAACAACGGGUGCACACCAUCACACAAACACACACACAUUAAGACAUUCAAAGGCCUGCAGGCAGAUAUGCAUACCAUCACGCAGAUACACUGUCUUCGACAGGUUGCCUUACAGGUCAUUGGGGCAGAACAUCUGAUCUAUUUAUGGGAAAAUAAUAUUUAUCAUGACUCUGGAGAGUCUGCAGCCUGAAUAACAAAUGUUUGACCUAAAGAGUUCUGAACCACCUACGCUGUUGUUUACCACCCAUCUCAGUCUUUAUAAGGGCUACAGUAUACGAGAUCAUGGCUUUUUCCCAUCUGAUGUUUUGGCCUUACUGGAGUUACUCAUAUGAUCUGUCAGCUUUUGGCUGGGGGAAGAUGGAUGGUCUUUUUUUCCAGCGAGCUCUAAUGAGUAAAACAUGGUAAUUAAAAAGAGCUUAGGGGUUGUCGGUAACCAGAUGGAAGUUGUAUUUUUCCUACUUACAACGUUUACGUGAUUCGCUCCCUCUGAGGCACAAUCCUCUACUCCAUGUGCAUGUUUUUAAUAGUUAUGUGGGAAAAACAUCCUGAAGUGUCAGAAAUGGCACACAGUUACUUUAACAUACAACGACUGAUCACUAUUUACAUACAUAUGACGAAAGUGGUCAAUGAGCUAAUUAAUUAUCAUGUUUUUAAAAUCUUAAGGUACGAUAGUUACAAUGAUUUAACUCAAACACGCAUGUUAAAUGUGUAACUUCAUUUACUUCAGCAUGAGAUGGUGAGAUGGGUCUAUCCGAGGGUAAGCAUUCAGUUUGCACCACCGAAGAUGUGAUGGUGCACAGAUUGGGAGAAAAUGUAAUUAAACAAAUUAGGACUAAUGUUGGACUGGCAUAUCAAAGAGUUUUCAGUCAAUUAUUUGAUGCUACUGAGUAAUUAAAUGUGUGAUUUUUGUUUUGGAUUCUUGGUUUCUGAUCUUAUAUUGGAUAUGGGUUUUACAGUGAUUGUAGGAUGGCACUGGUCCUGCAGUCCCUCCUCUCUUUCAGCUGCUGUGCAGUUACUGUCAUGUUAUUUUAAGCUGCCUCUCUCACAUACACACACACACUACAGCAACAAAAUAAUGGAAGUGUUUGCUUAAAUGACACUGUGAUCCAGGAGAUGUUUUCUCUUCUUCAGAGCUGAAGCUAGCUUCAUGAGAGUGACAGGGACAUAUGAAGUCAUAUUAAGUCUUGUCAUUCUCUCUCUGGCCUUUUGUUCCCAUGUUUAUUCCCAUUGCCAAAACAAACUGAGAAUGUUUUCAUUCUUGCAUGUAUCUGACAUGGACAACACACAAUCCAUUGAAUUUUCAUAAGCCACCCUUUCCUCUACCUUUUAAAAGUCUGUUGUGAUUGUGAGCAGAAACUGUUUAUACAGAUUUCGACAUUGAGUGCAGUCCCAUGGUUAGGAAAUUUUCACACUUUUUAAAAGGUGUAUGUAUACUCCUCUUUUAUUUAGUCAUUGUAAAUUGACUCUGUAAAGGGUUAUGGCUUUUAUAAUGAAUAAAGUUUCUUCAGGUACA